CCGUGAGGCCUACUUCGAUCACUCUGAACAGUAUCUUAGACACGAGACGAAUGAUAUCACUUUUGCAAUGACUACCAAAGAUGGUUACUUAUGGACUCCCGAUCGAGGGUUAAACACAGGUAUACCGUGUGUUGGAGCUGUCCGGCCCUCCCAGAAUUUCGAUGGCGCCAAGUGCCCUGUUCUCGAUGUCAUUGUCAUCGGAGCGGGCUACUGCGGGCUAACUGCGGCGAGAAAUAUGUGCCUUGCUGACCUAAAGGUCCUUUUGUUAGAGGGACGAGAUCGUAUCGGCGGCCGAUCAUGGUCGUCGGAUAUUGGGGGUUACCCGUUUGAAAUGGGAGGCACAUGGAUUUAUUGGGGCCAAGCUAAUGUCUGGCGCGAGAUUAUGCGGUAUCAACUGCACGACGAGAUCGAGAUAUCGCAGGACUUCCGAGAGGGAAUAAACCAGUACGUCCAGGCCAGUUCUCAUAAAACACAGCGGUUUAGCCAUGAUGAGGAGUUUGCGAUCAUGGAUUCCGGUCUCCGCAAGCUAUUCAACGUUGACGGACAAUUGGGGAAACGGGUUCUGCCCUUCCCACACUCAGCUGAAUUCACAAGCGAGGCUGUUGCACUCGACCAAAUGACUGCUGCAGAUCGUAUUUCAGACAUUGAAGAUUCUCUUACUCUGAAUGAACGCCUUGGUAUUGAGGCUUGGAUCCUUGUGUGCAGCGGUGGCACGCUUGAGACGGUGAGCUUUCUUGAGCUAUUGCACUGGUGGGCGCUCAGUGGUUAUUCCUACGAGGGCUGUGUGAACUACUUGGCACGGUAUAAAUUCAAGCACGGGCAAUCAGCCUUCGCCACGAAGUUCUUCGAAGAAGCUGUUGCCACCAAUAAUCUGUCCUACGCUUUCAACUCCGCAGUGAGUAGCGUUGAUGACACCGGGAGUCUCGUCACAGUGAAAACCCGUGAUGGCCAGCGAUACAAGGCAAAGAGGAUAAUCAGCACCGUCCCUUUAAAUGUCCUGAGUUCUGUCACUUUCAAUCCACCUCUGUCAGGAGGAAGAAAGACGGCUGCCUGCGUCGGUCAUAAUAACCAGAUUGUCAAAGUGCAUGCUGAAGUAGGGGACAGAAACUUGCGCUCUUACACAGGUAUCAGUUACCCUCAACACGAACUUUUCGUUGCGUUCGGUGAUGGCAGAACACCAGCAGGGAACACGCAUAUCGUCAGUUUUGGGGGCCAACAUCGCCACUUCCAUCCAGAGGAGGACAUCCAGGUGACAAUCAAAGCUCUCGGAAGCCUGAUACCUAUGGAUAUCAAGAAGAUUGUCUUUCAUAAUUGGUCAAAGGAUGAAUUCGCUAAAGGAGCAUGGUCUUUUCCUGGUCCUGGUCUCCUUUCGAAGCAUCUUGCCGACAUGCGUUCGAAGCAAAGAAAUAUCUACUUCUCGAAUUCUGACUGGGCAUUGGGCUGGCGAAGCUUUAGUGAUGGAGCCAUUGAAGAGGGCACCCGCGCAGCACUAUUCGUGCGAAAUGACUUGAUGGAGUCAUAUUCUAAUGCUACAUCAGUUUAG